AUGGAGACAGGGAUGCUAGCGCGCAAGCCAAUUGAAACACCUGUGGAGACAAACCACAGACUCGCGAACUCUUCGACAAAGAAAAUAAAAGAUGUAGGCAGAUAUCAACGUCUAGUAGGAAAGUUUAUCUAUCUGACUCAUACAAGGCCAGACAUUGCAUAUGUUGUAAGUGUUGUGAGUCAGUUCAUGCAGAAUCCAACAAAAGAUCAUAUGGAAGCUGUCUAUAGAAUUUUGCGAUACUUGAAAAGAGCUCCAGGAAAAGGGUUUUUGUUCUCACAGAAUGAGAAAACUAUCAUCAAAGGCUAUACAGAUGCAGAUUGGAUAGAAGAUCAAUUGACUAGAAAAUCAACAGCGGGAUGUCUCACUUUUGUCGAAGGCAAUCUUAUCACGUGGAGAAGCAAGAAGCAAAAGGUUGUCGCAAGGUCUAGUGCAGAAGCAGGAUUUCGAGGGAUGGCCAAUGGCCUGUCUGAGCUAUUAUGGAUUAAAUAUGUUCCGAAGGUUCUUGGAAUUGAAUACACAGGGCCUAUGAACUUGUUCUGUGACAACAAGGCCGCAAUUCAAUAG